UUCAUGGGGAAGUGUUCUGUCUUUACCGAUUAGGUGAGUCAUACUUUCUGGACACUUUUAGGUCUGGGAGAAUUUGUGGGUUUUUUCAUUUUCAAACAGAAAAUGUUGACACAUUUCAUCUGCAUUAACGUCUGACGACAAAAGGUUACAUAACUCAGUUGUCAGUUGACCAGCCGGGUCUGAAAGACUUUCCAGGCAAAUCGAAAUUUAGAGAAACAGAAGAGAGGAGGCAUGGAGAUGCAGGAUAUCACCAAGGAGGUGGAAAGAAGCAAAGAAGAUGAAGGAGCAAGUGAACCGAUGCUGGAGGUCAAAACUGAAGAGGAAGGAGAACCAGACCACUACUCUAAGCUACAAAUUCCAUCAGAGGACAUCUAUUCGGAAGCUGUAUAUGGUGGAACUCCGGUCAAAACAAGAUCAGGCAAACAGACUGAGGGAAACACACGUCUGUACCGUGCCGGAUGUUUAUUCCUCACCAUAAUCUGCCUGGUGCUGCUGCUGGUAAUCAUUAUCCUCAGUGUGAAACUCCAAACUGGCUCCACAGUGUGCCAUGAGAGAGCAGAAACUACAGCAGCAGACAGCGAGGGUCCUCCGUUUGCCCCAAGGUGCAGCCAUGAAGAGUGCAUGGCUCUAUUCCCCGACACUCUACCCCAACGUACGGGAUGUCAGCAGUGCAAUGCCGGGUGGCUGCCUUAUGGCCGGUCGUGUUUUUACUUCUCCGCCUUCAGGCUGAGCUGGGCCAACAGCCAGAAGAACUGCACCACCAGUGGAGGAGCUCUGGCUGUUGUUACCAGCCGGAAAGUUCAGAAUUUUCUGACUGGGAACCAGAAAACCAAUUACUGGAUCGGGCUGAGACAAAAAGGAGCCACAUGGACCUGGGUCAACAACGAUGUGCUGCAGGAGAGUUACUGGGCAGAUUCUACACCAGAUGGAGAUUGUGGGAUCCUCAGUGGUAGAAAACCACCUGAGAAGAACUGGAUGAAAGCUUCCUGCGAAGCCGUCACCUACUACAUCUGUGAAGUGCAGCUCUGACAGCAUAUAUCUCUAUAACAGAGUAAUGAGCAAACCAAUCCUCUGUCAACAAGCAUCAACUCCUCCAUAACAUUUCAAAUCAUAUCUCUUUCCACUUUAAUCAGGAAUAUCCAGCAAAGAAAGAUAAUGAAGCUUUUUAGAUGAUAGUUUUAUAUUUAACGCUUGAAGAGCUGUUUAGUCAGAUUGUUUUAUAAUAUUAUAUAUAAAUAUACAUAUAUAUAAUCAUACUUUUGUGUAGAAUUCUGCCGCCUACUUUGUAUUAUAUCAUGUCAGUUAUGCUUAUAGGCACUUAUAAGCAAUAAUCACUACGUUACUCUUAUCUACUGUAUGAUUCUGUUAACUGCUGUCUGACUUCCACAAAUGAUGUCCAGUAAGUUUGUUUUAACAAAGUUUUAUUCUCAUAUAAAAACGUUCAUGCAUCUACACAAUAAGUUGAAUGUCUAUGUUUCACUUUAUUUUAGCUUAGCUUACAUUACUGCUACACAUGCUUUAUAUUGCUAGAAAAAUAACACACUCUUCUUUAGCAUAAUACUGCAGGAAAUAAUUGCACAGUUGAAUAUAAAGACAGAUUG